AUGUUCAACCAACAAAAACCAGCGUUUAAAUUCGUAAUCAAAUCAAAAAUAGAGCCAAAUGCUGUGAAUGAUAUCAAAUUAGAUACAAAGAAGGAUGUAGCAGCGACAUCUUCUACUACAACUGCGAUAGUUUCAGACGAAAAGAAGCGUAAACGCACAGAAAAAGAUGCCACAGCAGCAGCUCCUAUUGCCACUAAAAAAGUCUGCAGUCAGUUGGAACGCUGGAAUAGAAAGAAAGAAGAGCUCAAACAUGAAUCAGACCUUCAGACAGAGCAAGAGAUGGCCAAAUCCGAGUACGCCGACUUGUCUGCAAUGGCAUGUUUAUUAUGUCAACGCAAAUUCAAGCAGAAAUCAGAUUUGGAACGACAUCAAGCUAUAUCUGAACUUCACAAAAAUAACCUAAAGGAUCCAAUUGCUGUCAACAAGGCCAAACUCAAGCUACAGUUCAUUCAAACAGACCAACAAGAGAAAGAAAAGGAGCAAACAGUAGAGUAUCGCAACCGAGCUGCUGAAAGAAGACAAGCUUAUGGACAGCCAGAGAAGCCAGUUUUAUCCCCUCCUUCUUCACCUACUCAUCAUCAUAGACAACCAUCCAUGAUACCGAGACGUGAGCAGCCCAUCAACCAAGCAUCCAUGUAUACGCCUAUCGCGGAUGAUAACAAAGGUGCUCGUAUGUUGGCCAGCAUGGGUUGGAAGAAGGGUGAAGGUUUAGGCAAAGAUGGAUCAGGUAUAUUGGAUCCUGUUAAGGCAGAAAGCUAUGCACAAUCUGCAGGUAUUGGAUCAACAGUCAAAAGAGAUGUGGGAUCUGGAGGUGGCACUUAUCAAAGUAGAACACUCGAUACGGCACGAAAGAGACUUUACGGUGAUCGUUAG